AUGGAUAGGCUUCGUAUUGAUUCGGAUCUGGAUUCUGAGUACGACUCUUUUGAAGAGCAGCCUUCGAGUGGCAAAGGCAAUGACGAUAGCAUUAUAAGCAGUAGCAACAAUAUUACCGAUAGGGAUGCUGCUCGUGGAGCAUCUGAGAAAGAAGCAAUUGUUACAAAAUAUGCCGAUAAGAUCAAGACCGAACCAUUCAAAAAGGGACCACAGAUAACCAAGGACCGUGCAAAUAGAGCUACAGUUGAACAAGUCCUUGACCCGCGAACUCUUCGAUUUUUGGGCAAGAUAUUCAAUUCUGAUCUCAUGUCUAGGAUCAACGGAUGUAUAAGCACGGGAAAAGAAGCCAAUGUGUAUCACGGAACCCAUGAUGACCCCGAAAAUAACAUAGAAUUUGCAGUAAAGAUUUUCAAGACCUCGAUUCUUGUAUUUAAAGAUCGAAAGCGAUACGUUGAUGGAGAUUUUAGACUUCGAAACUCCAAAGACCAAGGAAAUCCCCGGAAAAUGGUCAAGAUUUGGGCCGAAAAAGAGUUUCGUAAUUUAAACAGAAUAUAUCAAAGUCAAGUGCCAUGCCCUAAACCUUAUGUAAUCAAAUCACACGUUUUGGUGAUGGAGUUCUUAACAAAAGGAGAUGGUCAGCCGUCGCCGAAACUUAAAGAUUACCUAUUCAACAGCCAAGAAGAGGUUUACAGAUUUUACAAGGAUAUGUUGUUAUGUAUUCGAAGACUUUUCGUUAGUUGUCGAUUGGUGCAUGCUGAUCUAAGUGAAUAUAAUUCCAUAGUGCACGAUGACAAGUUAUAUAUAAUUGACGUGUCGCAGUCGGUCGAGCCGGAUCAUCCAAUGGCACUCGACUUUUUGAGGAUGGACAUAAAAAACGUUAAUGAUUUUUUUCAAAAGAGUGGUAUACAAGUAUAUUCUGAGAAACAGAUUUUUGGGUUCGUAACGGCUACCGAUAAACAGUUGGGUGUGGAUACAAGCGAUGACGCAAGCUUGGAAAAGUACUUGAAGAGUUUGCCUCCAAAGACUACAACUGAGCAAGAGAUGGAGGAUGAAGUUUUCCGCUCGCUACAUCUCGUGAGGUCUUUGAACCAGUUAGACGAGCGAGAUUUUCAAAAGUUUUCAGAGGGAAAAAUUGAUACUAUGAAAGAGCUUAUCUCGACGGAGAAGAGUUUGCUCAAUGAUGAGGAACCAGUAACGAGUAGCUUAUCGAACAAGCAAGUUACAAAUCCUCUGGGUAAUAAUCACAAUGACUCUUUGAAUACAGAUGAAGAUGAUUCUGGAGAAAUAAACAGUAACUCAAGUAGUGAUGAUGAAGGCGACAACAGCGAUGAAAAUGAUGAACAUGAGGACAAUGAGGAGGGGGAGGAUGCUGCUGAUGAUGAUGAUGAUGAUGAUGAUGAUGAGGAUGACGAUGAUGGGGACUGGGAAGAUCGUGACGAAGCCAAACCGAAAGGGAAGAAGCACGAAGAUAAGGAUGAGAAAAAAGCUAGGAAAGAAGCAGCCAAGUUGGCCAAACAAGAGAAACGAAAGGUGAAGAUGAAGAAACAUGUUAAGAAGAAACUCGUCAACAAACGAAAAGGAUGA